AGAGAGUAAGAAUGAAGGAAGUAGAAGAGAGAGAGAGAGAGAGAGAGAGAGAGAGAGAGAGAGAGAGAGAGAGAGAGAGACUUUCGUCGACAGAGACAUCUUUUUGUCUUUGCUUUGGAAAAAGAUAUUAAGAGCAUUUCAGAAACAAACUUCAUACCGUUUGCAUUUGUAUUAAAAGAGUAUUCAGAAAUGAAGCGUUCCCAGUUCAGGAACUCCAGUCCACAGAAAGACAUCCAGUCCCCAGUCACUCAGCUGAGACUGGUGCUGCUGGGCAGAACAGGUUCAGGUAAAAGUGCCACUGGAAACACCAUCUUGGAUAAAAAAUGUUUCCAAUCUGAAGUAAGUAUGAGUUCAGUGACAAAUCAAUGCCAGAAGGAAUGUGGAGUAGUUAAUGGGCGGAGUCUAGCAGUGAUUGACACUCCUGGCUGGUUUGACACCGACCUCCAGCAAAAUAAAAUAGCAGAUGAAGUGCUGAGAUGUCUGGUCAUGUGUUCACCUGGACCACAUGCAUUUCUGCUCAUCAUACCGAUCGCCCGCUUCACAGAAGAGCAGCAGAAGACUGUAGAUAUGAUUGAGAAGGUUUUUGAGGGGAACUUCAGUGACCACACCAUCAUCAUAUUUACCCGUGCAGACGAGCUGGAAGGAGAGACGAUUGAGAACUUUAUGAGAAAACAGGAUCAGAGAAUCCAGGAUCUUAUUGCACGAUUCGGUGGGCGUUACCUGGCUUUCAAUAACAAGACCAGAGAGAAACAGGACCAGGUGAAACAGCUCCUGAGAAAGCUGGAUGAGUUGCUGGAACAGAACGAGUAUCGUCAUUUCACCAACCAGAAGACAGAGGCUGUAGAGAGGGCACUAACAAUGUUGAAACAAAAAAAACAAGAAAAACUAGAUGAAGCAGUUAAGAAGGCCAAGCAGGAAGUACAGCAGAUGGCUUUACGUCAAAAGUCUGACAUUGAUAAAGCCCUUGAGGCAGAAAAGCAAGAUAUAGAAAGACGCAGGAGUCACAUCCAGGGUAUAAUCCUCCGUUUAACAGUACAGAUUAACAAAGAAAGUGAAAACCUUUAUGAAGAUCCACACAGGCUGCAGUUGCUGCAGGAAUCUCUAGAGAAUGCAAAAAUCAGCGUCAGAAACCUGGAGAAAGAGAAGGAGUUAAGGAUAAAGGAAAGUGAAGAAAAGAUUAAGGAAGUAGAAAUAUGGAUGAAGGAAGAAGAGCAAAGAAGAGAGCAAGAGGAAAGAGAAAAGGCUUCAAAUGAUGAAGAGAAAUGGUAUUACAAUGAAACAUAUAUAACUAUCCUGAAGUACCUCAUCAUUUUUUUGGGAGGCACUGGAGUUGGAGCUGGAGCUGUAUUUGCACUUGCACCUGCACUUUUUAUGACCGCAGCACCUGUAGGAAUAGCAACAGAGUUAACUGCACUGUUCGGACCACAGGUUGCAGCCGCCAUGAUUGCAGCAGCUACAAAAGCAGCUCCUUUAAUUACUGCAGCAGCAAAUGUAGCUCCAAUGGUGACUAGCCUUUGUUCCAUUCAGUAACACAAAAUCCAAAAUAUAUCUGUCUUAUCAUGAGAGUUUGGACGAGUCUAUAAUUUUGUAAUUCAUUAAACCAGGGAUGAGAAUCAGACACAGAUAAUAGAAUUGUGUAAACUGAACUGAAGCGAAUUGAAUCAAGUAUGUAUCUGUUUUUCUAUCAGAAUAAUAAACCAAGCUCUCCAUUAGGAAACUACCAACUUUACAUAUAAUCCAAAAUUUUAGAAGAUCAAUAUAAUCCAUUUAAUAUUACCUUUUCUAUUUACUACAUAAAUCCAUGCAUUGAUCCAAUAUAAUCCAAUUUACAUCUAGUUUGUUACACUACAAAAUGGUUCAGGUUGGAGUUGAAUAUUUAUGGAAGACCCUGUGUGGUAAAGCCAUCAUUUGGACAUGAAAAUGGUAAUAGUAAUAGUAAUAAAAGUGAUUUAUAAGUGAUAAAUAUUCAAUUUGACCCAUGUGACAUUGGACAAACUUAAAUGAGACCUGUUACAUAAAAUGAGAUUAGCGCCUCUGCUCUAGUCUGUCUGGUGGUAUUAUUUCAUAUCCGAUGCUUGUAGUGUAGAAAAAAAAUUUUAAAAAUUACCUUUUUAUUACAGUCAUAUUCUCUUGUAUUAUUCAUUGUGUUUUAGAAUAUGCUAAUAGGUACUAAUCACAGUCAGUGUAUUGCUUCUGUUCUUCAGUGUUUAGAACAAAGCAGCUCCAUCUUUGGGCUUCUCUUUAAUGCAGUAAUUACAAUACAUUUUAUUAGUAAAGUAGUAAAAGCGAUGCAGUAACUAGAACUGUAAUUCUAAUUACGUCUAUGUUAUUAUCCUAAUAGCAUGUAAACUUUUCAGUAAUCAGAUAUGCGAGCGUGUUUUCAUGUAACAGUGUUUGGGAUUCAGUUUGAUUAUUUAUAUCCGGUUUAAUAAUGUAUCCUUUAAAAUAAAAUCAAUUUGAGAUGUCUCAA